AAUUGUCAACAGUCUCCCACUAUGCAACCUUCUUAAUUUGAUUCAUAACUAUAUAUUUUUGUAGGGACAUAACAACUAUAUUUUGUGGAGGAAUUGAUAACAGCAAAAGUGAACUAUAUUUUGUGGAGGAAUUAAUAGCAGCAAAAGUGUGAUUUGUAAUUGUUUGAAUGAUUGAUACCUCCCCUUACAUCCUUUCUGAAUCACAUUGAUAUCCUCAACCUAGCUUUUUGUGUGUUUGCGUAUCUCCCAAUUUAUCCAUCUUUGAUAGCUAAUUCAAGGCUGAUCUUUCCAAAUAUUAUUAGCUGUGUCUAACUAUGCAAAUUACCAGCAGCAUCUCAAGACGCGGUUCUUGACUGAUUCACAAGCCUGUAAGCCUGUCCUUAACGUGACUGCAUCUCAUGCUUAUUAUAACUUUGUGUUUAGGGACAACAGCACGUAUGCAGCUGAAGACUUAGUGGUCUGGAACUCCAAUGUACCUGUAUUCUUGUACAGUUAGAUUGCUUCUGAAUACUUUUCAUAUAUAUGAUUUUUAUUUUUUUUCAUUUGUCUGGCAAAGGCAGGAAAGCCUGCACAUAUUUGUCUGUUAUUAUAACCAUUUUCUGACAACUCAAAAGUUCUGGAGACCCAUUUUGCUCAUUGUUAUGAUUUUGCUGCCAGAUUAAAUGUAUCCAUAAAAAAACAAAUAUUUUCCUUUCCUUGCUUCAUUCCAGCUGCCAACCUUCAUAAAAUCCUAACAAAUACAAUCUUCUCAUGGAUGUUCCUGACGCCAUACUAGAGAAAUAGAAUGGGAGGUGAUGGACCUGUUGCUUACUCCAAAUCCUUCCAUUGAGAACAUCCAAGGAGGGUAUCAACAUCAUCAUCAUCACCUCCCAUCAUAACAUCUUGAGUGGGAUUCUGGUUGUGAACAACAUCUACCAAUGGCGUACAAGAUGAAAGGGGUUUUCAAGGGCCUCAAGGUCAUCUCUCAGAUCUUCGUGGUGAAGGAACACCAAAUGGAGAUUGGUUAUCCAACCGACGUCAAGCAUGUCACGCACAUAGGUUGGGAUAGCCCGACAGGGAGUGCGGCUUCUCCUAGCUGGAUGAAUGACAUGAAGGGGUCGCCUGACUAUUCGUCUUUGAACAAUUUUGGACCAUCUACAGGAACGUCCUGGACUUCUCAAGAUUUCGAUCACCCUCAAGAUAUAUCACCCUUCGGUUUAUAUGUCGAAAAUGCUGGUAAGGAAGCAAAUCCACCACAUCCCGACAUACCAAAGCCGCCCAGGAAGAGCAGAAGGAAGAAAUCCAAGAACAAUUCACCGACGGCUUCGUCGAGAUCAUCAAGAUCAAGAUCCAAGCGCUCGUUCUCCUCCACUGCUGACACUGUCGUUGACAACAGCAUCCAAAAUGAAGUCCGGAUUGUAUAGACUGCCAUUUUAC